CGCGGCUGAGGUGGGGAGCGCCGCACUCGGGCGGUCCGCGGCAGCCCGCAUCCCUGCGAGGCGCCGGAGGAGGAGGCGGCGGUGGAGGCUCCCGCACCCGCGCUGCCGGGCGUCGGGCGCUCUCGGGCUGGCCAUGGCGAGGGGCGCACGGCGACCCCGUGAGUGGCGCGACAGAGUCAGAGUGUUAAUCAAAUACCAACUCCAUGGAUCCAGGACAGGUUUGUCCCAUGGCCCGCUCUGAACAGUGUGUCAUCGGCUAGAAGAUUCCAUCGGCAAACCAGCUGUUGCCUUACAGAGCAAGCAAAGAAGAUGGAUCUGUUGAAGAGCCAUCUGACUGUGUGCUUUCUACCUUCUGUGCCCUUUUUAAUCCUAGUAUCCACUCUAGCAAGUGCUAAGAGUGUGGCUAACAGCACUUUAAAUGGCACUGACAUGGCGUUGGGCGCUGUGCCUGUAAUCAUUGCCAGAACUGACCAUAUCAUAGUCAAGGAAGGGAACAGUGCCUUGAUUAAUUGCAGUGUUUAUGGCAUCCCUGACCCACACUUUAAGUGGUAUAAUUCUGUUGGCAAACUGCUAAAGGAAGAGGCGGAGGAUGAGAAGGAGAGAGGAGGAGGAAAAUGGCAAAUGCUGGAUGGCGGCCUCCUGAACAUCACCAAGGUGUCCUUCUCAGACCGAGGUAAAUACACAUGUGCAGCCUCUAAUGUCUAUGGCACUGUGAACAACACGGUGACCUUGAGAGUCAUCUUUACCUCUGGAGACAUGGGCGUCUACUACAUGGUUGUCUGCCUCGUGGCCUUCACCAUCGUCAUGGUCCUCAACAUCACCCGCUUGUGCAUGAUGAGCAGCCACCUGAAGAAGACUGAGAAAGCCAUCAAUGAGUUCUUUAGGACAGAAGGGGCAGAGAAGCUGCAAAAGGCCUUCGAGAUUGCCAAGCGGAUCCCCAUCAUCACCUCAGCCAAAACUCUAGAGCUUGCCAAAGUCACCCAGUUCAAAACCAUGGAAUUUGCCCGCUAUAUUGAAGAGCUUGCUAGGAGUGUACCUCUGCCUCCUCUCAUCAUGAACUGCAGGACUAUCAUGGAGGAAAUCAUGGAAGUAGUUGGGCUGGAGGAGCAGGGGCAGAAUUUUGUAAGGCAUACCCCAGAAGGCCAGGAGGCUGCAGACAGAGAUGAGGUGUACACAAUCCCCAACUCCCUGAAGCGAAGUGAUUCUCCCACUGCUGACUCAGAUGCCUCAUCACUGCAUGAACAGCCUCAGCAGAUUGCCAUCAAGGUGUCUGUUCACCCCCAGUGCAAAAAGGAUCAUGUGGAUGACCAAGAGGGUGUACAGUUCGAGGUUAAAGAUGAAGAGGAGACGGAACCAUCAGCGGGACAGUCUCCGGAAACUGCAGAGCCUUCUACAGAUAUAACGUCCACAGAGCUAACCUCUGAGGAGCCGUCACCUGUAGAGGCAUCAGAUCGAGGACUGCCACCAGCUCCCUUGGAAAUGACAGAGCCAGCAGUCACGUGCAACAAAAACACCUGCAUUAUUUAUGAAAGCCAUGUCUAACAUUCACUCCGAAAAGCUAUGCAUAUCAAGAAAACCAGGGGCUGCUCUUUGUAAUACAGAUGUAGUACGCACUUGCCGCUAAGCCUUACCGGGAGACUCUCACCCCUUAGGUAGGAGUGAUGCCGUCUGAAGAAACACCUGCGUGCAGUGUAUGUGACUGGCAUCGCCCCAGUAGGAAAGGAUACAAGAAACAUCAGGGUGCAGAAUUGGUACUGGACAGAAAGUAUCUAUCCUUGUGAGAUGAAUUGUAGAGGUCAUUAUCUGCCAAAUCCCUUAUUCAUUGGUGAUGCCAUUUGGCAAAGAGUACGCUACUGUAAGAUAUUCUGAGCUCAAGAGCCCUGUCCAAUGCAUACUGUAUUGCUUUUCUUUUUAAAAAGUAUAGGUCUGCUAUAAUAGCAUAUGCACGUAUAUGGGUUUGUUGCACUUUCUUCUUAGUUUUAAUUACUUCCACUGUUCCUUUCUACUGGAGUAGUUACUAAUAUUAAUUUACUCUUCCUGGUUGAGUCCUCUUUGCCACUUUUGUCCUUAUUUUUCCCUAGAAUGUUUACCUCAGAGGCUUUGGUAUCAGUUGCCAGUUCCAGGACUGAUAUCUACAAGUCAUUUGUGAUGCUCCAAAGUAGUUAAUAAUAAUACUUAUUAUUCUUUUUUAUUUCCCAGGCCUGUUUUCAUACAUUGAUUUUUAAAUUUUCAGUGAAGCUGCUGUUAUGAAACUGAUUUGCCCUAGAAUAGCACUUUAAUAGUCAAAUAAAAAUGUGUUUACCUGCCCAAUUCUGAGAACCUUUCAGUGAGCUCAAUCAAGGUGUGGAAGGAGAUUAUAAAAGGUUAAAUGUACCCACACUCUUCAAGAAAACUGCUGUUUACAUUUAAAUAACAUCAUUCUCUACCCACACAAAACUGACUCUUUACCUAGAAAAUGUAUUGCUUCUAAAUAGGCAUUUGAUGAAUUCCUAGAGGUUGUAGAAUAUUGGUUUCCCAGAAGCAGUUCGGAACUGCUGACAGUCACCUGCACACCUGAUACAAGACAGCUAGUGGAAAGUCUGAAGUGCAUACACAGGACAGUUUUGUAAACCACAUAGCUGACUUGUUAGCUUUCAAAAGGGAGAGUGAAGGUUAGAGUAGUGGCAAUAGAAACUGUGCUAUCAAGUUUUAUGUCAAAAUUAUUGAAUUAUUUAGUUCCCAAAAAUGCAGUAUAAGCAAGGCGGUUUGGUAUUGUGGAAAGGAAACAAAACUAAAACUAGUCACCCAGAGGUUUAAUACUUACCUGCCUGUGCCGGUCACCAGCCGCCUGGCUUUGGGCAGGUCUGCCACUCAGUUUCUCUGUCUGAGAGGGGGGCAGACUAGAUGAGUACUGAAUGCCAGCUUUCUCAGAGAACCAAGCCAAUAUUAACAUCUUUGCUCUUUUCAACAAUUAGUUUACAGGUUUUUGCUUUCAUCUGUCAGUUCCCCAAACAUUUGUAGCUGCACGACUUGCUCAAAAAGGGCCAGUUGAAAAAAAUCAUAGCAUUUUAAAUAAAUUGUGGAACUUCUCCUCUUUCCAAAACAUGAUUAGGACCACCUCUACAACUAAGUGACAGUGUGUCAUUUUCACUUACAAGCAAGGGAAAGACAACCUUAAAGUAGUUAUCCGGGUUGUAACCACAUCGAGUAGCGUAAGCCUGAUGGUGGUCAAGUCAGAGGUUACACAACCCACACUGGUAAUGAGAGUCUGGACCCAGAUGGUUUAACUCCCCCUCUGGUCACCAUCUGGGAAAGUGACCUUGCACAGCUUCCAACUGGGGUUUAAUCUCUUUCAUCUGUAAAAUAAUCAGGCAGUACUCGGUGACCCAUAAGAGCUUUUCAGGCUCAAGCAUUUAUAGUUUUAUGGAAAGUUUGCAGUCUGUGAUAGCCCCUAUUAAGCAGGACAAGCAAAAUCCAGGACCAAAAAAAAUGGGUACAUGUUACUGGAUGCAUGCGUGAUCCAACGUUACAGCAAAUGUAUAUAGCUCUGUGACUGGGGGCGGUGGGAUGGGCUUUAGAAGUGACCUUGAUAGACUUACUUAUAGAUAAGUAUGACAAGACAUGGACUUUGACCAGAUACCCUUUUAAAAGGAAUUAAUUGUUGGUUUCCUGUUAGAAUUAUCUAGGAAAGGCACCUACAGAAAUUAGUAGUGAACAUCCAUGAGAAAAGCUAUAACUUCUGGCUGGAUUCUCUGGACUAGGAUUUUAUAUAUUUAGGCUGCAAAAGCUUCUAUUUCCAGUUCUUAGAAUAUAAAAAACAUUCUGGUUAUUAUAGAAGUUAACAAAUUUAUAUCUUUGAUUUGUAUGCCCAAAGCAACAGCAGGGACUUACAAAGCUUGUUUUGUAAUAUUGUAGUCUAUUCAGUUCUCUUCCCAUCCAAGCCCAUGUGCAGAUUUUCACAUGGAAUCUAUAGACGACAUCCAUUCCAUAUAGAGAUUGACUAGCGAUAAUAAACUAAAAUUAAGUGGAUUUUACAUAAAGCAAGAGCUAAAAUAUGUGACCAAAGAAUGUUUCCAGGCUGGCUUUGCUUCUAUAGGUGGUGGCCAUGUAGACUUUUAAAACUCUGUCCCUCUUUAGGGCAUCAGAAUGCUCUUGAUAUAACAAUACCCAACCUAUAAAGGAAGCUUGGCUUGUACUGGGAAUUUAUCCUUCUAGAAAUUCUUGCUAUCUGUAGUAUAGCUUCUUUAUAAAGUGAGGGAGCCCCUCCUGCUAGAAUGUGAAAUGUAGAAGACCUCAUGAUUUUCAGGCAGUUUUUCAAAAAUAAAGUAAACUAUUUAGCUUUUUAGAAAUUCGUAGGACUGUGGCUGUGUGUGUGUGCACGCAAUCAUGCAUAUUGAGCUCAUUUGGGCAGUUUUUAGAAGUUCAGUGCUAAUUCCUAAGCCAUGUCCUUGGGGGCUUCUGUAGUCAUUCUUGAAAUCAAAUAAUUUCUGCUUCCUGAGUGAUCCUAGUCAUAUCUCCAGCAAUUUUUUUCUUGAAAUUACUAAAAUGAUUCCACACAUUGUGAAUAUUUAAAUCACUAGAUUAUCUAUAAUCUUGGAUGGUAUUUAUUCUAAAAAUGGGACAAAACAAUUUUAUAUGGAAAAUCUAUGUAAUUUAUAAUGAUUUUGUUUUAGAAAUUAUAUUUUCAUAUCUUUAGGACACAUCUGCUAUUCUCAUCUUUUUGUACAUCAUACUGGAUGAAAAGAAAUACUAAUACUUGACUAAAAUCUCUAGGAACCAAAUGUAAUAUAUGUGAUAUAUGACGUAUAGAAACUGCUCUAAAAUCUGAAUGUUCUCAGCCACCCUAAGCAUGAUUGUGCCAUGUCACUACAUCCAGAAUAUCUUGGAUGUUUAUGAGCAUUUCUUUGUCACCAUGAAGGCUAAAAAGUCUGAUGUCCCUCACAGUAGAUUCAAGAAUCCACUUCCCUUUUUUUUAUCAUUGUGUUUCACUUUUAAUUGUACAAGUCCAGGCUGCCUAACUUCCUUUUGAAAGGAAAAAUGUGAAAUAACAAGAAAGCGACUUGAUGGGAAGACAGUGGAUUUAACUGUGGCUCUGUAAAUCAUUGUAAUGGACUGAUGACAUGUUUUAAAUCUACUGCCUGGGUUGUUAUUCACUGUUAACCUAGGGUCUGUGCAGCCCUGCAGCACAUGCAAAUGUAAGGCACACGGAGUAUUUGUAUGUUUUGCAAGCAACACACUUCACACAAGGUGCAGCCAACACAGAUCAGCUUGACUUUGGAAACACCGGCUCUGGCCACUGGAAGUAUUUCAGAAAGGCUAAUCAGUUACCUUUCAUUAUGUCGUUGGAGUACAUGUCGUGUCAGUUUUAGAACUCGUAGCACAGUGACAGCUAUGCUUCUGUAAACUGGGAGUUUCCCUCGAGUGUUUUCACCUGGUAAGAAAUGAAGCGUUCAUUUAUAUUUCACGUACUUCAUUUGCUCCGCACAAUUCAGAUGUUUUCCUUUAGCCAUCUUCCCACAGUUUUGGGGCAGUUUUCAAUGUAAUUUCUGUUUCCAUUCUUGCUUACUGGCAUUCUUUAUCCACCAAACCUCGGUACGUAUUCACACAUAUAUUUUGAGUAUCUAUAAUCUUCAAGAUAUUGGUCAGUUCUACCUGGAGCUGUUCAUUAAAAUACCCUUCAGUAGAUAACAAAGUUCACUUUCCUAAUGACUUUUGUAUGGUUUCUUCAGUGGUUAACAGGUUUGGAUUACACAAAUCAAUUGUGGAGAAAAUAAUCAAAUAGAACAAAAUGGCUUAUUAUAUUUUCCAAAGGACUGUGUGUUUUUAUCUGUUACACAGGAAAAUAUUAUGUAAAGAUGAUGAUACUCCUUAUGAGAUUUUUUUUAGAGAUGGAAUUUAUAAAGGGGAUAAUACUAAAAAUACUACAAUCAAAAUCAAAGCUAGAGAAUGUAAAAAUAGAAAAUAAGUAGUUCUAAUAAUAUCCUGCAUAAAUUAUUAUUUAACCAGUCAUAAAAGUCUCUUUGUCUAUCUUUCUGACAUCAUAGACCCACUAACAGUGAAUUGGGAUCAAAGAUAUGUGUAUUUAUGUUUGGUCUACCAUAUUUCAGUAGUUCUGAAUCUCCUUUGUUAAAUUGCAAAAUAAAAUGAAAAUCUAUCUGGGCCAAAAUGUCAAUUUGCUGAUUUUGUGACCUAUAAAGAUGUUCACUUUCUAACAAUAAUUUUAAAUAUAAACAAAUGACUAAUAUAUAAGUUGACAUUACUGUAGCAAAAAAA